AGGCCUGCCUUAUCAUUUCUUCACAACUUAUGUCUUCACUGUCUGACCUAUACUGACCUUUAGAACUAUGGAUGACAAGGCGGACAAUACAUGUGACGACUCCAGUAUAGAGAAGAAUCACAAAGGCUUUUUGGAAAAGAAAUAAGGACACACCAGUCUCUGGAUACACUAAAAAUGUCUUUGUUUAAAAUGAAAACAAUAUUUUGGUCUGAUUUAAUGAGCGUGAGAGGGGCUUUUAUAAGUGUGCGGGUGUACAUGUCGUCUACUCGUCCGCUCAAAGACCGAAAGGCUGUUACAGUGAACGUAAAACACGUUAGAAAGAUCGUCUUACUAGCCUUGGCUAGAGGGAAGCAGCUAAGCGCCGGCCAGUCGUUACAGACCGAAUGGUCGCUAGGCUUAGUUCGAUCCCCACAGGACAGGGCAUUUUUCUAUCCUGCUUCCUAUUUCACAAAAAGACUAUACUAAAGUCAUUACUGAGUUCCAAACAUCCCAGAAAUUAUCAUUUUUGUAACAGUAAAUAAAUUUAUUUUGUAAAUAUUAUUUGCAUACUACACUCGGAACAAAUAUGAAAAGAACCACUUUCGAGUUUCUCGGCUAUUUACCUUUCAAGUUGGGUGAGAUAAUCGAGGAAACGUGAACUUUUGGUGUUAAUAUGAUAACUACUCACCUUUAACGAACGUGUUUCGAAGGGCAGAUAACUGAUGACGUUAACAUUCGAUCUCAGGUGACACACGAGCUUCCAUACCUACUUUUGUAUGUGUGUGUAAAUGCAGUCUACACAUUUGCUCUCUACAUAGGCAUCAGUCAACGAUGAACAUGGCGGAGACGAAAAUUAAAGAGGACAAAGUAUGCAUAGUCGGAAGGUAAGCGGACUGAUAGGAAGGAGCUUCGCUAUGUUAUUCGCAGCUUCUGGUUACCAAGUCCAUCUGUACGACAUCCAGUCCUCCCAAGUCACCGACGCUCUCAGCAACAUCCGGAGCCAGCUGUUGGACCUUGAACGGAAAGGACUCCUGAGGGGGACAUUGACCGUGGACCAGCAACACAAUUGUAUUCAGGGGGCCACAGACCUCGGCAAGGCGAUAAAAGGGGCAUGGUUUGUUCUGGAAUGUGUGCCAGAGAGACUUGAACUGAAGACAUCCGUAUACAAGAAUAUUGAACCAUUCCUUGAACCCACCGCUAUUUUGGCGUCCUCCGCUAGCGCUCUUGUUCCUUCCCUCCUCUCCAAGGACAUUAAAAACCGUAACAGGUUCAUCGUUGUACAUCCGACGAAUCCCCCAUUUUACGCACCUGCAGUGGAACUGAUUCCCGCACCAUGGACGGACGCCGACGUACUCACGUCCACCAAGAAUUUGUGCACGGAGAUAGGACAGGUACCUGUUGUCCUUAAUAAGGAAAUUGACGGGUUCGUCCUUAACAGGAUACAGUACGCUAUAAUUGGAGAAUGCUGGAACAUAGUCAAGGACGGGGUGAUGAGCCCAGAGGAUGUAGAUAAAGUCAUGUCAGAGGGACUGGGGAGGAGAUACGCCUUUAUGGGUCCCCUGGAGACAGCCUACCUCAACGCCGACGGUUGGUUGAGUUACCAGGAACGUUACGCAGGAAUGAUGGAUCGUGUGUCGUCAUCAUUUGCACCGUUCCCGAAGAUAGAAGGACCGACAUUACAGAAAAUACACGAUGCAUUUCUUGAAAAAAUACCAAUCGACCAACUAGAUGAACGCCGGAAGUGGCGGGAUGAACGACUUGCCCGACUGUCUAAACUGAAAAAGGACAUGGAUUCAUAAAUCUGAAUAUAUAUCACCUCGUGAAUACGAUAGUUUUAUAUCAUUAAAGCUCAUUACUGUAUUUGGUUUUAA